AUGACUGAAAAUCCUCUACUGAAUGUUCCCUCCUCAAACCUGAGUGAUAACAAGAGAAACGAAACUAUUUGCCGAGACCUGAACGACUGGUGGGAAAUCGUGUACUAUAUAGUACCCAAGUAUAUUAACACCAUCUGCAUUAUUGGAAUGCUUGGAAAUGUACUUGUUCUCUUCACUUAUUCACUGCACAAGGGCCCCCUGAAGAUAGCUGAAAUCUACCUUGUGAACCUAGCUGUUGCUGAUCUUAUCUUCCUCAUGUGCCUCCCUUUCUGGACAGAGAACAUCAGGAAUGAAUUUAACUGGCCGUUUGGCAAUUUCCUCUGUUGCAGCACCAGUGCGUCUAUCAGCCUAAACAUGUACACCAGCAUCUACUCGCUAGUGGCAGUCAGCGUGGAUCGCUAUUUGACUUUUGUUCAUACCUUGAACCACAGAGUGAUACGGUGCAAAAAGAUGGCCAAAGGGAUCUGCUUGCUCAUCUGGCUCUUUGGCAUCUUUCUCAGCAUCCCAAACUUUAUGUUUCGGACUGUGAAACACUUUCCCCUGUGGAAUAUUUCAGCAUGCACUUUAGACUUCCCCACCCAAUCGUGGGUAACAGCUGAAAAUCUGGUAUUCAACAUAGUAGGGUUUGCGUUGCCAUCUACAGCAAUCAUCUUCCUUAAUUUCUCUACCAUUCGCUCCCUACAAAAAAAAGCAAGAGAACGAAGAGCACUCAGAACAAAGGGUUGCAAGGAGCACAAAGGCACAAAGGCUACCAGGCUGAUCUUCACAGUCGUACUCAUGUUUCUGUUGUGCUGGACUCCUUACCAUGUUUUUGUAUUCCUUGAUAUAUUGUACGAGACAGAAGUGAUCAAAGGCUGCUUCUGGGGGGAACUGCUUAACUUUGGUGAGCAGUUUGGUUAUACUCUGGCUACCACCAACAGUUGCAUUAACCCUUUGAUUUACGUCUUUGUUGGGAAAUACUUCAGGCAAAAGGCUUUAGAAGUUUUUUCACAGUUUAUUCCCUGUGGAUUUUCUUUGAGUUGGGUAGCGUUCAAAGAAAAGUCUUCAUAUUUCAACAUGUUUCAAGUCAGGACUGGUUUAACCUAA